ACCAUGCCAGAAACUCGAGCAAUCAACUUUGGAGCGGGGCCUUCAGCCUUGCCAGAGUCGGUUCUUGUAGAAGCCACCAGAGGCUUGCUCAAUUUUGCGGGUACAGGGAUUGGGAUUGCCGAAAUCUCACAUCGAUCUAAAGAAUUCGCCGCCUUUCUCGCUGAAGUCGAGGCGCUGAUUCGCGAGCAGCUCAACGUGCCUUCGACGCACUCCAUCCUCUUCACGCAAGGCGGGGGAACGGCCCAGUUCUCCGCGAUCGUCCUCAACCUCCUUGCCCGUCACCGACUGCUGCAUCCUGACUUAAAAGAUGAAGAACGAGUCAUGGACUAUGUUAUCACCGGGACGUGGAGCAAGCUUGCUGCACAAGAAGCUGGCCGUCUAGGUGGGGGUAAAGUGAACAUCGCGGCCGAUGCACGGGUCACGUCGAGCAACGGUAAAUCAUUCGACAACAUCCCGCCGCACGACGCGUACAAAUUCUCUCAGAGCCCAGCUCUCAUCUACUACUGCGAGAACGAGACGGUCAACGGGGUGCAGUUCUCUCAUGACCCGCAAGCCCCCGAGUCGUUCCCAUUCCAUCACCUCCCGAAGGAUGAGCUGCUGCCCCUUGUAGCCGACUACUCCUCCUCGUUCAUGUCACGCACGAUCCCCCGCUUUGCGGACCAUGCGGUCAUUUACGCUGGGGCACAGAAAAACGUUGGGCCCGCUGGGCUGACUAUCAUUAUCGUUCGCAAGGACUGCAUCGUCGAUGUAGACGCAGCUGCCAAAUUGGGCGCAGCCCCCGUUCCUAUCGGUUUGGCGUACAAGUCCUUUGCGGAGCAACAAAGUAUGCCGAAUACGCCCCCCGUGUUUUCCUUGUACGUCUCGGGCCUCGUGCUGCGGAGGAACAAGGCGUUGGGAGGUGUUCCCUACUACGAGGCACUAAACCAACGGAAGAAAGAUAAAGUAUAUGCUGUUCUUAGAGAUGGCGAAAAGCUCGGUCUGCUUAAAGGCCACGUUAAGGAAGGGAGCGGGAGCUGGAUGAACAUUGUGUUUGAAGUCUUGGGGGAGGGCGCCGAGGCUCGCUUCUUGGCUGGGGCAGAAGCAAAGGGUAUGAAAAGCCUGAAAGGUCACCGCUCUGUGGGCGGUAUCCGCGUCUCUCUGUAUAACGCCAUUACGCAGGAGCAAACGGACCAAUUGGUCGCCUAUAUUCGCGAUUUUUUGGCAGAAGGAACAGUUAAAUCUGAUUCAUGAGUGUAGGGUUGUUAAGCUAGGACAAAAUACAUUUUUGUUUGAGG